AUGCAGGUCCUCUUCGUUCUCGCACAGGCGCUGCUCUGCGCGUUCGCGCUCGCAGACCCCACCGUCACACACCGUGUCUUCUUCGAUCUGCAGCACGGCGACGAGCCACUGGGCCGUGUCGUGCUCGGGCUGUUCGGCGACGUCGCUCCGCGCACCGUCGCCAACUUCGUCACGCUCGCAAAGAGCCAGGACGCCUCCGCGGGCUACAUCAACUCCACGUUCCACCGCGUCAUCCCCAACUUCAUGAUCCAGGGCGGCGACUUCACCCACGGCACCGGCGUGGGCGGCCGCUCGAUCUACGGAGCCACCUUCGAGGACGAGUCCUUUGCCGUCAAACAUGACAAACCCGGCCGCCUGUCCAUGGCCAACCGCGGCCGCGACACCAACGGCUCGCAGUUCUUCAUUACCACUGUGGCUACGCCAUGGCUGGACGGCCGCCAUGUCGUCUUCGGCCAGGUUCUCGACGGCAUGGACGUUGUGUCCGCGGUCGAGGCUGUCCCCAGGAACGCGCGCGACGUCCCGGACAUCUCCGUGCGCAUCGUCGCCUGUGGCGAGCUGCAGGACACGCCGGCGGACGCCACGGGCGCCACGCUGGAGACUGAUGAGCUCUAG